GAAGUAGGCGGUAUUCCCGUGACGAGAAAGUCACCAACAGAUACUGACAGCUUCACACUACGGAAAACGGCAGGCCGCACCAACGCUAACUAACCCCGGCGGAAGACAGCGAGAACCAGACCGGGGAGGGAGGCGGGGCUCGGGACAGCCUGGGUGCACGGCACGGAGCCGCCGCCGCGCUCCGCCCUUAGCCCAGCGCCUGGCGGGCCUGGAGAACUGCAGCGCCCCGCACGCUGCCCCGGGCAGCCGCUGCUGCGCGGGCCCUGCCGCGCUGGGUCGCAGGAUCAAAGCUUUGUAUUUAAAAUGGAAGUUGAUGUGAACGGAGAGUCCAGAACUGCCCUUUCUGCCCUGCCUGUGCCUCUUGCAGAGGUGAGUUCUGCAGCCAGGAUGGAAGCAGAAAAGCCACGCUGUUCCAGCACCCCAUGCUCACCAUUGCGGCGAACAGUUGUGGGAUAUCAGAUCCUUCACAUGGAUUCUAACUACCUGGUUGGCUUCACAACUGGAGAGGAGCUGCUAAAAUUAGCCCAUAAGUGUACGGGAAGUGAAGAGAACAAAGGAGAAUCUGGUCCUAACUUGGGCUCCAAACAUCUUGAUUCAGGACUGCCACGUUCUUCACGUUUGUACAAAACUAGAAGUAGGUACUACCAGCCGUAUGAGAUCCCAGCAGUAAAUGGAAGGAGGAGGAGACGGAUGCCCAGCUCAGGGGAUAAAUACAAUAAAGCUUUACCAUAUGAACCUUAUAAGGCACUUCAUGGUCUCCUGCCUCUCUGCCUUUUGAAAGGUAAAAGGGCUCAUUCAAAAUCCCUGGACUACCUCAAUUUAGACAAAAUGAGCAUUAAGGAACCUGCUGACACAGAAGUGCUACAAUACCAGCUCCAGCACCUUACUCUUAGAGGGGAUCGUAAGUUUGCAAAGAAUAGCACAUGAGCUGUCAUUUCAAAUUUAGAAAUAAUGUCUGAUCUUUCCUCUGUUGCUGCAAAAAUCCAUUGUUUUACUAUGUACAUGACUGUCCACAUUGUAGGUGGUUUUGUCAGCUCAGUGUUAUCAGGAAGUAAUUUAUUUGAAUACAGUCUUGGCAGUGCAGUGUUCUACAAAUACUUGGAGAGAGAAAUCUUUCCUGAUCAAGCAGCUUCUGAGACAGAUUUGACUGCAACUAGUAGAUAUUUCUUCAUACACAUUUUAAUGAAAAAAAGCUUUUGAUUUUGGUUUUUUUUUUCUGUACUACUUCAUGUACUAUUUACAGUAAUUCAGCACUGACAAAUUAAUGAUGUCUGCUUGGUUGCUAAUUUUGGCAUGAUGUUAGAAACUGCUCUUGGAUAAGUACUCAAGGAGGUUUUCUGGGUUUACUUUUUGUUUCUGUAGUAAAAUAUAUGGGUUUUUCUUACAUCAUGAACUAGAAAUUGAGCUUGAUUGGAUGAAUCACUUGCUAUUUAAACAGUCUAAUUCAAAUUGAAAAUGGGCUUGUACUGGUGAUGUGGGUGACAUUUGUUUGUAAAAGAAACCUUUGCUACUUGAAUCCUGUUAAAUUAUUUUUUUAGUUUCUGCAUGGAAGUAAUUGCUUUGUCCUUUUUAUUCUAUAAAACAUGUUCAGAAUAAAUAUUUAAAUUAUUUAAAGCAAAUCUUACAGGAAGUGAAGAUUUUUGGUUGUUGGGGUUUUUUUUGGUUUUUUUUUAGUAGAUUUUGUUUUUAUAUUGUCUUGAGACAGAAACUGGAAUGUCUGUACUAGUAUGUUGGUAAUGUUUUUGAUUUUAAUUUGUGAUUUUAAUUUCAUCUGUAGUUGCAGAAGUUGUCAACUUCAGCAUAGCUUUGGAAAUUCUGUUGACUUAAAGCACUAAACAUGAGUUCUGGAGGGCAGAUUUUUUGUUGACAGGAAUGCAGUAAAAUAUUUCUUGUCAGCAUUGAAGAGCUGAUUUUGAAAUUUUUAGCAGAAAAAUGCAUUGGAUUACUUUUGUUACCGAAAUUCUAUCCAAGCAUGACAUCAAAUGCAGUUUUGACAGCUGUAUUCCUACAUGUGUUUAAAACAUUUUUGGUAACUUUAGUUUAAAAAUUAAAGUAGUUUUUAUACUGUCUUUUUUUUUUAGGUGAAGUCUUUUACUGAAGCAGUACAUAACUUGAUUUUGCCUGAUGACCUCUGCAGAAGUUAAAAAUAAUUUCAUAUUGCUUUGAAAUAUAAGUUAUUUGAUCAGUUGUUUCUGAUAGAGUUGAUUUUUUUUGUUUAUUUGUUUAGCACUCAGAAUUACUAUAAAGCACUAGUUAGUGCAUGUGCUCUGGAAAAUGUGUUCUUACUCUGUCACUCCACAGUUUAAAUGAAGGCAGCCCACUAGUGAGCAUUUUGUGCUUUGGUUAUUUUUUUUAGGUUUAUUAGAAAAUACAAAAAAAAAGAGUGUAUUUUUCAAAGUUAACUACAUUGGUAUAAAUUUAAUGUCUUGAAAGGAAAGUCUUCCUAUAUAGUCUUUAUUUUGAAAAACAGAAUAUGGUCAGAUGCCAAAGAGAUAGGGGAUUUGUUUAUGGAAUAAGCACUAUUGUUAAUUUAAAUAUCAAAUUAAAUUGUAUUUCUGGCUGAAAAAUAAAAAGGGUAUUAUAAGC